AUGUCAGAAUCUAUGUCAAUCCCCACGGAUGCCAUGGAGCACUUGAAAAAUUUAGAAGAGUCGAAAGUUUCCAUUCCCGAGAUUGAUUUUACGGUUCACGAAAUGGAUGAUGGUAGGUAUUCAUCAAAAGAUAUGAAAGAUAUGCCAACGCGUAAAAAGGUUCAAGCACCCGCAGUUCAAAUACCAAUACCUGAAGAUUUUUAUGAUAAUGAUGAUCCAGAAAAACCCGACAUUCACUUUCUCAAAAAUCAUUUUUAUCGUGAGGGUAGAAUUUCAGAGGAACAAGCAUUAUAUAUUAUUAAUAAGGGUACAGAAAUAUUAAAACAAGAAGAGAACUUGUUAGAAGUUGAUGCACCUAUAACAGUAUGUGGUGACAUUCACGGUCAAUAUUAUGAUUUGAUGAAAUUAUUUGAAGUUGGUGGCAAUCCUGCUGAAACUCGUUACCUUUUUUUGGGAGAUUAUGUUGAUAGAGGAUAUUUUUCUAUUGAGUGCGUUCUUUAUUUAUGGGCAUUGAAAAUAUGGUACCCAAAAACAUUAUUCUUGUUACGUGGUAACCAUGAAUGUCGUCAUUUGACCGAUUACUUUACAUUCAAAUUAGAAUUUUAUGAUGCUUGUAUGGAAUCAUUUUGUGCUCUUCCAUUGGCUGCCAUAAUGAAUAAACAAUUUUUAUGUAUUCACGGUGGUUUGUCACCAGAACUUAAUACUUUAGAAGAUUUGCGUAACAUUAAUAGAUUUAGAGAGCCUCCUACACAUGGAUUAAUGUGUGAUUUAUUGUGGGCUGAUCCUUUAGAAGAAUUUGGGCAAGAAAAAAAUGAUGAAUGUUUCGUUCAUAAUCAUGUACGCGGAUGUUCUUAUUUUUUCAGUUAUUAUGCAGCUUGUAAUUUUUUGGAAAAAAAUGGGUUGUUAUCAAUUAUUCGUGCACAUGAAGCUCAAGAUGCAGGAUAUCGAAUGUACCGUAAAACAAAAACUACUGGUUUCCCUUCCGUCAUGACAAUCUUUUCUGCACCAAAUUAUUUAGACGUUUACAAUAAUAAAGCUGCUGUAUUGAAAUAUGAAAAUAAUGUUAUGAAUAUUCGUCAAUUUAAUUGUACACCUCAUCCAUAUUGGUUACCUAAUUUCAUGGAUGUUUUUACUUGGUCUCUACCUUUUGUGGGUGAAAAGAUUACAGAUAUGCUUCUAGCCAUUUUAAAUAUCUGUAGUAGAGAAGAAUUGAUAGACGAAGAACUUUUAUCAGAACCUAAAACACCAGAUUCGGCGACUGAUGGUGCAGAAAGACGUCAAGUUAUCAGGAAUAAGAUUUUGGCAGUUGGUAAAAUGGCCAGAGUAUUCUCUGUUUUAAGGGAAGAAUCAGAAAGUGUCAUGGAAUUAAAGACUGUGACAGGAACUGGUAAAUUACCAUAUGGAACUUUAGCUUUAGGAGCUGAAGGAAUUAAAAAAGCCAUCACUUCAUUUGAAGAGGCCCGUCGUUCUGAUCUUCAGAACGAGCGUCUACCACCAACUCGAGAGGAGGUAGAUGAAGCCGAACGUAAUAAAACAGAAGCGGCUAUUAAGGAAGCAAUUCAUGAAGUUGAAAUGGACAAAGAACUUGCAGAAGUCGCGGAAGUUUUUGUUAAAGAGGAUGAAAGAAGGAAAAGUUUGAAACAAGCUGAAUUUUUAUUGUUACUAAAAAUUUGA